UCUGCACCGACUGCACGCACGCCGCCGCCAACAUGACCAAGAAACUAUGUGGUACAAACUACCCGGCCAGCAUCUGCUUCAUUGUCGUCAACGAGUUCUGCGAGCGUUUUUCCUACUAUGGCAUGAGAGCGGUGUUGACGUUGUACUUUCUGACGUACCUGGGCUGGGACCAUGACCUUUCCACGGCCGUGUAUCACGCCUUCAGCAGCCUGUGCUACUUCACGCCCGUCCUGGGUGCCAUCAUUGCCGACACCUGGCUCGGCAAGUUUAAGACCAUCAUCUACCUGUCCGUGGUCUACGUGUUGGGUCAUGUGAUCAAGUCGGUCGGUGCCAUUCCUACGGUGGGAAGCAACACCGUGCACAUCGCUCUGUCUAUGGUGGGUCUGAUUCUGAUUGCCUUCGGAACAGGCGGGAUCAAGCCCUGCGUGGCCGCAUUUGGGGGUGACCAGUUCCAGGAGAAGCACGUGAGUGGACAAAUUCACAUCACACAACAACUUUUGUCCAUUUUUAUUAUUAUUAUUAUUUUUUUUUUUGCCAUCAGGCCAAGAGGAGACGUGCAGUGUUUUGGCGGCGACUGCUACGCUUUGGCUUUUGGCGUGCCCGCUGCUCUCAUGAUGGUGGCCUUGGUGGUGUUCAUCUUGGGUAGCAGCCUCUACCGGCGAAAUCCUCCACAGGGCAACAUCUUGUUGGAGGUCUGCAACUGCAUCGGCUUUGCCAUCAAGAACCGUUGGAGGAGGUCCAAGUAUGAGUCCAAGAGGAGGCACUGGCUGGACUGGGCCGAGGACAAGUACUCGAAGCGUCUGAUCACGGAGAUCAAAAUGGUUCUGCGGGUCCUGCUUCUUUACAUCCCUCUGCCCAUGUUCUGGGCUCUCUUCGAUCAACAGGGUUCACGUUGGACCUUGCAGGCCACCAGGAUGAACAUGUCCUUCGGUGCCUUCUCCAUCAAACCUGAUCAAAUGCAGACACUGAAUGCGCUGUUAAUUCUGGUGUUCGUGCCCGUGUUCGACCUGUUCAUAUACCCGCUGGUUAGCCUCUGCAGGAUCAACAUCACUCCGCUGAGGAAAAUGGCCACCGGGAUGAUUUUUGCGGCGUUGGCGUUUGGUGCCGCCACCCUGGUGGAGGUCCACGUGGUGAAAACGGUGGUGAAACCAGCGCCGGCGGGCCAGUGUCUGCUUCAGGUCUUCAACUUGGCACCGGGGGACGUCCGUCUCCACUUCCCCGAAAGCCAGCCUUUUCCAGAGCCGCUCAUGUACCUACAGGAUCCUGGUGAGUACCUGAAGCUGCCACUAGGGGCGCCCAGCACCAACGUGAGCUUGGAGGUCGACUACGAAGGGACCGCCUCUCGCUGCAAUGUCACCUUUGGCCAGCAGGAGGCGUACAGUCUCAUCCUGCACCCCUCCCGAGCCGGAAUACGCUGCAGACUGGUGAACGACUACAUCGAGAAAAAUGACGAAGGAGCUCCUCUUCUCAGGUUCGUCAACACGCUGUCGGAGGCGGUCACCGUCACCGUGGGCGACGAGACCUUCCACGCCGACGCCAAUUACAGCGUCUCUGCCAACAAGACCCUCCAGCGGGGAGUGUAUAAUAAGGUGAGCUGCAGUUUACAAUCAAAGACUUGCCCAGACCUGGACCUCGGACUCCUGGACUUUGGAGCCUCCUACACCGUGGUCCUCCUUGAGGAGUCCGGUAGAAUUACGACACACAAGAUGGAGGACGUCCAUGCCAACAACGUACACGUGGCCUGGCAGAUCCCUCAGUACGUCCUCAUCACGGCAGGCGAAGUCAUGUUCUCCAUCACGGGCCUGGAGUUCUCCUACUCGCAGGCCCCCGCCAACAUGAAGUCGGUCCUGCAGGCCGGGUGGCUGCUCACCGUCGCCUUUGGGAACGUCAUCGUCUUGAUCAUAGCGGAGGGCGCAGGGCUUGAGCAGUGGAAAGAGUUUGUGCUGUUUGCGGUUCUGCUGCUGGCCGUGUGCGGCGUGUUCUCGGUCAUGGCUCACUUCUACACGUACGUGGACGCUCAGCACCUGGACAAGAUGGACGCCAACGAUCACAGCGGCGGCCAACGCAGCAGCAGCGACGACGACGACGACCACAACGGAUGCGCCGACACGCUGGAUAAGAAAAAGCGAGGCUUGGAGCCCAGCACCAGACUUUAAACGCAAACGCCUUCCGUAUUCGGGAAAAACUGAAAAGGAAGCGCCAACAAUGAAAUGCGAUCAUUUUUUUCAUGUCGUUAUUCCCUUGAUGUGAAUUGUUAGCAUCAAAGGCUAACUGUAGAUUUUACGCACAUUUCAAAUUUUUAACGU